AUGCAGGAGGAGGUGGAGGAGGAGGAGGAGGAGGAGGAGGAGGAGGAGGAGGAGGAGGAGGAGGAGGAGGAGGAGGAGGAGGAGGAGGAGGAGGAGGAGGAGGAGGAGGAGGAGGAGGAGGAGGAGGAGGAGGAGGAGGAGGAGGAGGAGGAGGAGGAGGAGGAGGAGGAGGAGGAGGAGGAGGAGGAGGAGGAGGAGGAGGUGGAGGUGGAGGAGGAGGAGGUGGAGGAGGAGGAGGUGGAGGAGGAGGAGGUGGAGGUGGAGGAGGAGGAGGAGGAGGAGGAGGAGGAGGAGGAGGAGGAGGAGGGAGAGGAGGAGGAGGAGGAGGAGGAGGAGGAGGAGGAGGAGGAGGAGGAGGAGGAGGAGGAGGAGGAGGAGGAGGAGGAGGAGGAGGAGGAGGAGGAGUGGAGUACCGCGGGUCCAUGUGGCAUCCCGCAUGGCAGCCACGAGCGGGAGGACAAGGGCGCGGAAGAGGAGGAAGAGGAAGAGGAGGAGGAGGAGGAGGAGGAGGAGGAGGUGGAGGUGGAGGAGGAGGAGGUGGAGGAGGAGGAGGUGGAGGAGGAGGAGGUGGAGGUGGAGGAGGAGGAGGAGGAGGAGGAGGAGGAGGAGGAGGAGGAGGAGGAGGAGGAGGAGGAGGAGGAGGAGGAGGAGGAGGAGGAGGAGGAGGAGGAGGAGGAGGAGGGAGAGGAGGAGGAGGAGGAGGAGGAGGAGGAGGAGAGGAGAGAAGGAGAAACGCGUGGGCGCGCACGUGAGUGCUACAAGCAAGCCAAUGGCUACAGCAGGAAACCAGGAGACGAGUCUCAAGUUGAACAGGGUGGCGCGUGCGUGUAA